AGUUCUCUGUCUCUCCAUCUCUCUCUCCUUUCAGGUGCUGUUCUGGGAACGCAGGGUGAGAUGGAGAAUGUGAAGAGCUGGAAGAGUCCUAGGUGCUCCUUGAGCCAGGUAAAGGGGGUGCCACUGCUGGAGCCCAGUGUACAAAAAUGGGCAUUAGUGGAAAACUUCAGAGCACGGUCAGAUGACCUGCUGAUUGCCACAUACCCUAAAACAGGCACCACCUGGACUCAGGAGAUUGUUGAUCUGAUCCUGAACGACGGAGACGCUGAGAAAUGCCGCCGAGCACCUACACACAAGCGCAUGCCCUUCCUUGAGUUGUUCCCUGUCCACUCCUUAGAGUCUGGUGUCAGCGACCUGGAAAAGAUGCCCUCCCCUCGCGUCAUCAAAACCCACCUGCCCAUUCAGCUGGUCUCCCAGUCCUUCUGGGACAACAACUGCAAGGUGAUCUACAUGGCCUGCAAUGCGAAGGACAGUGUGGUGUCAUACUUCCACUUCGACCAAAUGAACCACAUCCAGCCUGAUCCCGGGCCCUGGGACCAGUACCUUCACAAGUUCAUGCAAACACAGCUGGGCUGGGGCUAUUGGUACGACCACAUGAAGGGUUACUGGAGGGAGAAAGAGACGAGGAGGAUUCUCUACCUGUUGUACGAGGACAUGAAGGAGAACCCUCGGGACGAGGUCACCCGUGUGAUGCGCUUCCUGGAGCGCUCCCUGCCUGAUGACAUCAUCGACCGGAUCAUUGAGCUCACUUCCUUUUCGGCAAUGAAAGAGAACCCAAUGGCAAAUUACUCCACCUUUCCGGACAGUUUGUUCGACCGCUCAGUCUCCAUAUUCAUGAGAAAAGGGGAAGUGGGGGACUGGCAGAACCACUUUAGCCCUGAAGAGAGCAGGCUCUUCGACGAGCACUAUGAGAAAAUGAUGUCUGGAACUUCCAUACCAUUCCGAUCCCAACUCUGAGGGACCGUCCACAAACUCUACCAAUUCAAACCCUGAUCUGAGACCACUGUCAACCCCACUGAAAAAACCUUAGGGACCAUCCACAAACUCCACUCUAAACUCCCAUCCACUUCCCUGAUUUUCAGAAGCAUGCUGAAACUGACAGAUCAAAUGUAAUCUAAGCUGCAACAGUGGGUGUAUGGGGGGGGGUAAUAAUAAAGUUAUAUUCAUUAAUCAGGUAUCUGCAGUAAUAACUAUCUUUUGUAUGUUUUUAUUGUAUUACUACUCAGCUAAAAACAAAAACAUUGGUUAUUCUGCUCAGGCUACCCAUAAAUAAAGUAUUGGCAGACCUUU